CAAGGAUAUCUCGAUAUAGUUGCCGGUGGUACUUCUGCUGGAAGUGGAGGAGAGUAUGAUUCUUGUACUAGUAUUGUGCAACAGUAUCAUAGGCGUCAUCGAAAGGACGACGAUUAUACACAAAAUCUUCAUCGUUCGUGGUCCUUACCGUUAGAGCAGGAGGAUGUCAGGGGAGAAAGAAGCGGCGAAGUCGCUGAGGAUGAUGUUGCUGAUCAAGGACAGCCAAAGUCUGCUUCUCGCUCCCCACGAGUCGUCUACGAGUUGAAGUGCGUGAGCAAGCUGGAAGUGAUCCACAGGGUGCAAUUGGGUUGCUAUUUAAGAACGACAAUUUUGUUGUUGAGCUUCUUCUAGAGCUAGACGCGGUACAAACGUGGCACUAUUACUACAAAAAUUCGUCCUACAAGGUCAAGGAGAUCAUCAUCAUAGCUAAGAAUCAAUUACAAUUUACUAUGGCUUUCAUAUUUCGCCUACCUCUACGAGCUGAAUUUGCGGAACGCAGAGAUCACCGCAGCGAAGGAGAUACUUUUUCGCGACAUUUUUCCCGAGGAGCUGGGUGAAAAGGACAGCGACAAAGAAGCUAAAAAUGACGCGGAUGACUCUAGUGUACCCGACUCUCCGGAUGUCGGGAAUCCGGAGCAUAGGUACAAGAAAUCCGUGGUCAAGAAUGAACCAAAUGACAACAAGGGCACAGCUAGGCGUGAUGGAGGAGGGGAAGGGAGAAGGCCGGCUGUUGAAGUGAUAGAAGUUUUCCCUUCUCCGGAGCCAUCGCCUGAGUGUCGGGUCAAUGUGAAAAAGGAAGCUGAAUCCUCUCCAAAUCCUAAACGCCGGAGACAAGAGGAAGCUUCUUGGUGUAAAUCUUUUUAUGGAUGGUUUUCGAUGUAAUCGACUUAGUAGUCUACUUUAUAGGAGAGGUACACUCAGGAGGCUAUAGCGAUGUUGAUCAUCGUUUCUUAGUCCCAGUUGUAGUUGCCAAUCUUCUUGUUUGUAGUUGCACUAGGAUGCCCAUACACCAAUAUCCCUUAUCCUCUUUCCGCUUUCAUUAUGCUGACAUGUCUUCGCAGCAGCGUGAAAGUGGAAGGCCCUCGAGCAAGAUCAUGGUGAAGAGAGAAGAAAAAGACACCUUUGUCAAACAAGAAGAGCAGUCUCCUUCUGAGGAUGGUGGUGAGGCAGGUUUCGACCUCCUCUCGGAUCCUGAGCUUGACUUUGCAGAUGGGGGAAAUAAACGACCACAAGGACGAACUGCUAGUCAAGGCUCGAUUUUGCCUCGACACCAAGGUUCUGGGGUGUCUCAAAGUGCCACUGCUCAACAAUGUCCUGCUUAUUCGUCUAAUUGCUCCUCCAUAAGACUAGCAGAAAUCCUCCAUUGCGUUGUCGACAACCUUUUCCCUCAGAAGCGUUUCUCUUCAAAAGGUUUGCCGCCGAUCGCCUUGCUCGCCGCAGACCUCGAAAACGAUCGCAGUCUUCGUGAUAAAUGC